AUGUCUUUUGACAAUUCACCCCUCUCGCCGGUGACCAGUACGGAUCAUCGAGGUUGGCUCUGGAUUACUGUCAUAAUUUGCACAAUCAUUUGUCCUGCACUACUACUAUGGCGAGGAAUAGCCAGGUAUCGCAGGUAUGGUCUUGAUGACCUUGCUGUCGUCGUUUCUUUUGUCUUUAUCAUCGCGCAUUUAGCACUACUCAUGGGCUCACUCAAGCUCGGUUUCGGAGUACAGUUGAUACCAGAAACUAAACCAGGCAUUUUAAAAGCUGCAGAGCUGGUCUUUGCAAGUAGAAUAACCCUCUCCCUAAUCCUCGGCACAUCGAAACUCUCCGCCCUCCUCCUCAUACGCCGUCUCCUUCCACCCAACACCUGGCGCACCUACAUCUGCAACACUGGUCUUGUGCUUGUGGUUGUUUGGGGUAUCAUGGCUAUUUUGACUACGAAUACUGCGUGUUUGCCUAGUCAUAUGCUUCUUCGCAAUGCGGAAAACUCUUGCGCACAUUUGGAUAUUCGUAUCGCUACGACUAUGGCGUUGAAUAUCGCCACAGAGUUUGGUGUGAUAAGUCUGGCUGUGUGCUUUUUGCGGAGAAUGCAAGUGGAGGGGGGACAGAGGAAAUGGGUGGCAUUGGGCUUCUUGUUGCGAUUGCCAAACAUCGCACUAUCUCUCCUCUACCUAACUUUUUACCUCCACUUUCUCUCUCGCGGUCACUCCUCUAUCGGUUUCAUCCCAACCGCAAUCAUCCAAUGCGUCCUAGCAACCUACUCCUUCACCUCUUCCUGCAUCCCCUCUUUCCUCCCCUUCUCCCUCCCCAUCUUCACCCCUUCCCCCUCUUCCUCACCCAUCGAACUUACCUCCUCCAAAUUAUCUCGCAACAAACUAGCCCGUCGCAUGUCCACACCCAUGUCCUUUUUCGGCGACAAAAUCCGCGGCGACCGCGAAAUCUUCACCCACAAAGCUAGGAUAUUCGCUGAUGUCAAGGGCGUGCAAAGGAGAGAAUCAGAGAGGAAACUGAGGAGGAAGGACAGUGAUAACGUUGAUGAGGAUCAAGAGAGUUUGAGGGGAAUCGUUAGGGAGGAGACUUUUGAGAUUAAAAUGGAUAGGUAUUCGGGUGUUGGGGGAGGGGUUGUGUAGAGAAUGAAUGUUGAAUUGGAAUGAAUUUGUUUGAUACGGAGA